AUGGGAAUAACAAUCAGACAGGCCACCAUCAACGACAUCCAGGCGAUGCAAAAUGCGAACUUGCACAACUUGCCAGAGAACUACCAGUUGAAGUAUUACAUGUACCAUAUCUUAUCGUGGCCGCAGGCUAGUUUUGUGGCGACGACGUACGAAGAUAUUGUAGAGAGUAACGACACUGAAGCUGGCGAAGAGUUUGGUGGAGAAAAGGAGGAUCCUAAGGGAGACUCUGCCUACAUAAACCGAGGAGAAAAGAUUGUAGGAUAUGUGUUGGGAAAGAUGGAAGAUGAUCCCGAGGCAGAGGACAAAACCCCACAUGGCCAUAUCACAUCGUUGUCUGUGAUGAGAACUUACCGUAGAAUGGGUAUAGCAGAGAAGUUGAUGCGCCAGUCGUUGUAUGCCAUGUGCGAAUCUUUUGAUGCCCAGUAUGUUUCUUUGCAUGUUAGAAAAUCCAAUCGAGCUGCAUUGCAUUUGUAUAGAGAUUCACUCAAUUUCGAAGUGACAUCUAUCGAAAAGUCGUACUACCAAGAUGGAGAAGACGCUUAUGCCAUGAGAUUGACGUUGGAGUUAGAUGAGUUGCUUCCUUCGUUGGCCCAGAAGGGGGAACGGGAUGAUUUGUCUAAGGAUUUGUUGGAGAGUUUGUAG